CUGAUGGCGCCCGACUAGAAUGGAGGAGCAAUUAUCGCGUACAACUUCUUAUACAGUUUUGUCGUGUCUACUAAGUCAUAAACAAAUUCAACUCGCAAUACACAAUGGAAGGGGAGAUAGAGGUGGAGAGCAGCAGUGAUGUGGGUCCAUCGGGGUCCGGGAUGGAGGAGCCGUCGGAGAGUGGUAUGGGCAUGGAGUCCUCAGAGGCCAUGUCUGCAGACAGCAGCGACGCAGCGGCGCCACAUGCCUCACGCCACCACAGUCAGCACCGCCAUGGGCACGGUCACCAUGGCCAGGCCCCAGAGUCAGACUGCCAUGUGGGACAAAGCUCAGAGGGUAUCCCGGCGUUCUUACCAGAGACCAGCUCCAGUACAGACGUCACCCACCACAGAGCCACCGUCCACCUCCCAGACUCGUCCUCUGUGGCCCAGUCCACCAGCGUCUCCACCGUAACCCAGUCCAUCCUGGUGUCCGGGUCGGCCCAGGUGACAGUCCACUCCAGUGCAGCGGUGUCAGACUGCGGGGGCAUGAUGGUGUCAGACUGCACAGCCUCUACCUCCUCAGACCUGGGAUCAGCCAUAGACAAGAUCAUAGAGUCCACCAUCGGACCCGACAUCAUGAACGGAUGUAUAGCAGUGACCAGUGCAGAGGACGGAGCUGCAGAGACCAGUGAGGGGCAGUAUUUGAUACUACAAGGACCAGACGAUGGGGCCCCUAUGGUAGCCCACAUGUCGUCAUCGGCUCUGUCCAGCCAUCACCGCAUCGCCAUCGAGGCUCUGGGAGAGGGUCCUACCUCCACCUGCCACGACCAGGGGGACAUGCAGGAUAACCUGGAUCCAGACCAGCCCUCUGGGAGUCACUCUCACUCCGGCCACUACCCAGACCAUGAGGACCAGGACAACCAGCCACAGCACUCCCACGCGUCCCAGUACAUGGAGUGUAGCGGUGGAGAUGCGGACGGACCUGAUCAGACUGGAGAGUCCUCCUCCUCGUAUGUAGACGAUGAAGAACCCGACCAGACACGUUCCUCCCGCUCCCUUGUCCGGUCCCGUUUCCCUGAGUACGGUAUAGUCGACAACUCUGGCCAGGACCUAAGGGGGUACGUGGAGUGUAGUGGUAGCGGUGCCACCGAAUCCAACCCCUCGUCCCCUGCCCGCCUACGACACACCCACUAUAUGGUGGACUGCAGCGCGGGGACGGGGGCGUACCUGGAGUGUGCCGGGGACGAGGAAGAGGAUUCAAUUCAGCACCACUCUCGGAGCCACAUCGACAGCAGCAGCAGUGCUACCCAUUCCCAGAGUCACCAAACUAUGUCUAACCAUUACCAGAGUCACCAAACUAUGUCUAACCACUCCCAGAGUCACCAAACUAUGUCUAACCACUCCCAGAGUCACCAAACCCUGCGGCAGUAUGUGGAGUCCGGGGCUGCGGUUGCAGAUUCAGAGCAGCCCGGUUGUUCCAACUCCCACUCUCAGAGUCACCAAACCCUGCGGCAAUAUAUGGAGUCUGGGGCUGCAGAUUCGGAACAGCCACGAUGUUACCAAUACCAGGCUGAGGAAGGGCAAGGAGAGGACCCAGACCAGAACCAGGACCCAGACCAGCCACAGCACUCUGACCAGCAGCAGCCUCAGCACUCCCACUACAUGGAAACCACCAGCAGCAGCACUGGCCCAGAAGGCGAGGGUUCCACCACAGACCACCACCACCCCCAGACAGACGCCGCAGACUCGGGCUCAGCAGAUCAUCCAGAGGCUAUGGAGUGUUCUGAGAGCCAGCCUGGCCCUUACAUCAGUAGCAGUGGAACCUACUCCUACCACCCGGAGCCUGAGAUGGAAGAGGCCCCUGAACCUACAUGGUCCCCCAGUUUGGAGAGGCCUUCGAGGGGAGAGGAGGAGGAGGAGGAGGAGGGCGGCGUGGUGGGGGGGUCUGGGGCUCCAGUCGUGGAGGAGGGGGCUGGGAGCGGACCAGGGCUCGCCGUCCCCCACACCAUGGCUGAACUGGAGGAGAUGAUGGAGGUGGUGAUUGUUCAGCAGUUUAAGUGCAAGAUGUGUCCAUACAAGAGUGUCUCCAAAGACACCCUCAUCAACCACAUGAGAGACAGGCACUUCAAACCCACAGGUGGCCCCCCUCCUAAGAAGCGUGGUCGUGGUCGGCCCCGGCGUAGUGAUACGUUGGCCCGUCAGCAGGCUGAGGUGAAACCAGAGCCCCAGCCAGAGGAGCCAGAGGACGAUGACAUCGUAGACGCUGGGGCCAUCGAUGACCCUGAAGAGGACAGUGACUAUAACCCAGCAGAUGAGGACUGUAGGGGCAGACAGCCUGCUCUCCUGCGACAACCUGUCCCCCCUCCCUGCUCCUCCUCCUCCUCCACAGACCGCCCCAGACGCAGGGUGGGACGACCCAGGAAGUUCACCUACACAGAGGGCAGCUACAACGGCAAGGAAGCAGACGGGACGUCAAAGCCUAAGGGGAGUGUGGAUCCUCAAGGCUCGGAGGAGGCCAGUUCCUCAGGCCUGGGAAACGGCCCAGGUCCCUUGGCCAAUGGAAACACAGCGGAAGCCGGCAUCAGCCAAUCGGACUCUGAGAACAAAGACCCGUCGUCCAAUGGGAGGCCAGAAGAGCUUUUCCCAAGGAAACGGGGUCGACCCUCCAAGCGGUUCAUCAGAAAGAAAUACAAGAAGUACAUGAACCGCAAGUACUGUAAGUCUCUGAAGCCACUCCUAAGGCCUCACAGUUGUUGGAUCUGCGGCUCUCGCUUCCUGUCCCAGGAGGACCUGAGGUUCCACGUUGACUCUCACCAAGGAAACGACCCAGAGUGCUUCAAAUGCCUGCAGUGUAACUACCGCUGCAAACGAUGGUCCUCGCUUAAGGAACACAUGUUCAACCACCAGGGGAACAAGCCCUUUAAGUGUGAGGAGUGUGACUACAGCAGUGUGUAUAAGAAGGAUGUCAUCAGACACUCUGCAAUACACAACAAGGACAAGAAAACAAAGUCUGAGUCAUGUGGUCUGUCUGACUCUCAGCAGGUAUCUAAGGUGUUGUCGUUCCCGUGUCCAGUGUGCCACAGAGUCUACCCCAUGCAGAAGAGACUCACUCAGCACAUGAAGACACACAGUACCGAGAAACCACACAUGUGUGACAAGUGUGGGAAGUCCUUCAAGAAGAGAUAUACGUUCAAGAUGCAUCUCCUCACACACAUCCAGAGUGUUGACAACAGCAGGUUCAAGUGUGAGUUCUGUGACUAUGACUGUGACAACAAGAAGCUCUUGCUCAACCACCAGCUGUCCCACACCAACGACCGGCCCUUUAAAUGUGACUACUGUAAAUACUCCACCUCUAAAGAGGACUUCCUGGUCUCACACCUGGCCAUCAAACACACAGGAGAGAAACCGUUCUCCUGUGAGAUGUGCCACUUCAUGACGAAGCACCGUAAGAACCUGCGUCUGCACGUCCAGUGUCGCCACCCGGAGGCGUUUGAGGAGUGGAGCGCUACGCACCCUGAGGAGCCCGUCAGACGGAGGAGGAGACCCUUCUUCACCCAGCAACAGAUAGAGGAACUCAAACAGCAACACGACGACACACCGGGCCUACAGAACACUAUACUGGUCCCAGUGGAUCCUGAUACACUACAAGCCAUGCCCAGAUCUGUUAGGGUUUUACAGGCAUCAGUCUCCCAAGAUGCAAUGGGAAACACAUAGCCUCAUCUCCAGAUCUCCAGAAACUCCGACCUGUCAGCCCAGAAUGCUCUGGAUCUGCUGUUGAAUAUGAGCAACGCCAGAGAGCUGGUGGGAAACUCACUGCAGGUACAGGUGUUGAAGUCGUCUGACUCCAAUGUUCUAGAAGCAGGCUCCUGGACGGGCGUUACCUCGGCGACAGGGGGAGGGCAAAAAGUAGUGACCUUUCACGUGUCUGAGACCGGCGAGACACUGGUGCAGGAGGUCCAGGAUGUGCAGGAGGGUUAUGAGGCAGGGACCAAUGAGAAUGGAGAGAUCACCCAGGUGGCCAUCCAGGCCUAUGAGGGGGCAGAAGGCUUCAGUGUGUUGGAACAGGUGGAACAAGCUACAGAGGAGAUCCACAGCACCGGACCUGGGUACAGCAGUGGCGAGGGCAGUCCUCAGCCCAUGGAAGAAGAGGAGGAGGGAACAGAAAUAGUCCGAGAGAAUGGAGAAAAGUACUACCUGACCUCCGGGCUAGGGGAUGGGGUGCUGCAGCAGGUCGAGCUGAGCAGUGAGGCCCCGGGUUCUCCCUCCAUGGUGGGAUCUCCCCAGCAGAACCAGCUCAACCCUAAGAGGUUCUCCUGUCGUAUCUGCAUGGAGUCGUUCCACGGCCGCAGUGACAUGGAGAACCACAAGAGGGCCCAUAUCGACCCCUCCACCUUCAAGUGUCCCGACUGUGAAUUCACUGCCUCCUCCUGGCCAGUUGUCAAGACCCACAUGGUCAUGCAUGCCUACCUGAGACCUCACAAGUGUCCCAGCUGCAGCUUUGCCUCCAAGAACAAGAAGGAUCUGAGGAGACACAUGAUGACGCAUACCAACGAGAAGCCCUUCACCUGCCAGAUCUGUGGACAGAGGUUUAACCGUAACGGCCACCUCAAGUUCCAUAUGGAGCGACUCCAUAGCCAGGACCCUCCGACAAAGAAGAGCCGCUCUGGUGCAGGCUCCCAGCAGACCAUCAUAGUUAACAGUGACGAGGAGGCUCUCGCCACGCUACAGUCAGCUCUGCAGGCAGGACAGACUAUCAGCCCAGAGCAGCUACAACAGGCCUUGGGUCAGGACCACAUCAUAGUGUCCCAGGAACAAACCUUGGGUCAGGACCACAUCAUAAUGUCCCAGGAACAAACCUUAGGUCAGGACCACAUCAUCAUGUCCCAGGAACAAACCUUGGGUCAGGACCACAUCAUAGUGUCUCAGGAACAAGGCCUGGAAGACCAAGAGGAGGCCACGUACAUUCAGCAGAUCACCACAGUGGACGGACAGACGUUACAGUACAUGACAGGAGACAACCAGGUCCAGUAUAUCAUCUCUCAGGAUGGAGUCCAACACUUCCUACCUCAGGAGUACGUGGUGCUAGCAGACGGGAACCACAUCCAGAUGUCAGAUGGCCAGAUCAUCCAGUAUGAGCAUGAUGGGGCCUUCCUGCAGGAGCAACAGAUUGCCCUGAGUCAUGACGGGCAGAUCCAGUAUCUUCCCAUCAGUUCAGAACAACAGAUGGUCAGUCCUGAGGACCUGGAGGUUGCUGAACAUUCUGCCAUUACUGCGGUAGCAGAUGCAGCCUUGCAACAGACCCAGACAGUCUAUACAGAGGCCACACAAGAACAGCUGGAGCAGCUACAACAGCAGGGAAUCCAGUAUGAUGUCAUCACCUUCACCGAUGAGUAGAGACCCGCUGUCGGACGGAUGGAAGUCGGGAGGGAUGGCUCUCUGUGAUUGCGGACUUGUCUCCUAGUAUGAUGUUUACUAUUGGCUGCCUGAUGUCCGUAUGUAGUGCAGGACUAGUAUGGUGGAACCACGAUGACCAGCGACCCCCAGCAUGGUUCGACAGGAUCGGCCUGAGCGAGACUGCAGAGAAUCUAAAAAUCUUUGUGUAAAAUCAUCCAAAACAGCUACUCAUUAUGCGAUCAAGAUUGGCAAAUCUUGGCAGGGUCUUGCCUAGGUCCAUCCUCUAGAACACACUGCUCUACUCUCUAGAAGCUCUGCCGUGCUUCAGAUACCCAGAACCCACUGCUCUACUCUCUAGGAGCUCUGCCAUGCUUCAGAUACCCUUAACCCACUGCUCUACUCUCUAGGAGCUCUGCCGUGCUUCAGAUACCCAGAACCCACUGCUCUACUCUCUAGGAGAUCUGCCGUGCUUCAGAUACCCAGAACCCACUGCUCUACUCUCUAGGAGCUCUGCCGUGCUUCAGAUACCCAGAACACACUGCUCUACUCUCUAGGAGCUCUGCCGUGCUUCAGAUACCUGGGAUGAAAGAAGUAGCCCUAGAGAGGAUUCUAGUGGCUGGUAGAUCUAUCACUCAUAGUGGGAGUGUUGAAUAGAUGAACUCUCACUGUUAAGUAGAUCUAUAAACAGAAGCUUUUGUCAAUUCUAAAUAUUGUACCCGUCGCUUCUAAGUUAAUCAAUAGGGGUUGAUGUACAUUAAAGAACAAAGUUACACACGGUU